CAAGUUGCAGCUGUUUGAGUUUGUGUUUGGGCCACUUUUCAGAGGGUGGCAAUGGCGAAGCCGUCUGAUGUGGUGGGAUGGUAUGAAUUGAGUUGGUCUGGUGGGUCCUUCCCAGUAUGCUUCAGACCGGCUGGAAACUUCUUUUGCCCCAAGUUUCAGGCGCCCGCCAGGUGGGAGCUGGAAGGGGACACCAUCAAGAUAGAUUGGAAGAAGUUUGGAAAGUACGAGCUGAAAUUUGAUAGCGCGACAAAAUCUAUGGACGGCAAUGCAGUGCCAAAAUCAGACGAUGAGAAAAACUGGCGGAAGGCGGCCUUUAGCCGCGAGUUGUCACCGAUCGAGGCCCUACUCCUGGGAGAUGGCGCAGGUUCAGAGUGGGAUUUUGAAUGGUCAGGUGGCAAGUUCCCCGUGAAGUUCAAGGCCGAUGGCUACAACCAUUUCCAGUGCGACGAGUUUCCCGCGCACGCGCAUUGGGCCUUGGAGGGCGAGAAGCUGACAAUCCACUGGGCGGAGUUUGGCAACUACGAGAUGAAGGUGGGCGCCGACGGCACCAUGGAGGGAGUACAGAUCGGGGGUGACCCCGCCAAGGAUUGGCGGAAGGCAAAGCUGCUGCGGAAGCUUGUGGUAACUGACGCCGCGGUGGCCUGUGAGCAUCACUAAGCUAUUAGCUGCGCUUCUUUGAGCCAAAGGAGCACGAGGAAGCGUUGCACGAGGGUGUGGUUUUCGAGCGGUCCAACACGCU